GUCUAUGGUGAAAAUAAACAUGGCUACCGCUGCAUACAAUUGACGAAAAACUGCCAGUGUGUCAACAUAUUAUUCAAUUUAUGAUUUUAUAUAAGGAAAAUGUCUUUUUCUGAUUUAUAUGCUAAAUAUAACUGUACUUAUUGCCAAGAAGAAAUAAAUGGUGUUCGCGUACGAUGUGCGGAGUGUAAAGAUUUUGAUAUUUGUUUGCAGUGUUUUUCUCAUGGUGCUGAAAUUGGAUCUCAUAAAAAUGACCACCCUUAUCAGUUUAUGGAUGCUGGAGCAUUUGGUAUAUUUUUGGGACGUAAUAGUUGGUCAGCGAAUGAAGAAGUCAGAUUAUUGGAUGCUAUAGAACAAUUUGGUUUCGGGAAUUGGGAAGAUAUAGCUAAGCAUAUUGAAACCAGAACACCAGAAGAAACUAAAGAUGAAUACAUAGCAAGAUAUCUAGAAGGUAGUAUUGGACGUGCAACAUGGGGUAAUGUGGAAAGCACUAGUCGACCAUCAUUGCACUGCCCUGACAAGGACCAAGGUCCACUCAGUCCCACAGCUGUAUCACGUCUUCCACCAUUAGCCAUAACCACAGAUGAGGCAGCUCAACUUGGUUAUAUGUCAAAUAGAGAUGACUUUGAAAGGGAACAUGAUCAUGAAGCUGAACAGUUAAUAUCAACUUUGUCAAUCAAUUCAGAAGAUGAUGAGCUAGAUGUUGCUCUCAAAUUAUCACAAGUAGAUAUAUACACCCGUCGACUUCGUGAAAGGACGAGAAGAAAACGUCUCGUUCGAGACUAUCAGUUGGUAUCUGUGUUCUUUAAUAACCAAAGAAAUAAGCAAAAGACACUUGGGAAGUUAGCCAAAGAGAAAAAAGAAUUCACAGAGCGCCUUCGUUGGACGGCACAGUUCUACGGUCGAGCAGAACAAACGAGCGUAGUAAGCGGUCUAUGGCGCGAGCGAGAGUUACGCGUGCGAUUGGCUGAAUUACACCGUUACAGAUUAGCUGGCGUCACGCGUUUAGAAGAAUGCGCGCACUACGAGCAACACGCGUUGCAUAGAAAACACGGACACGACGUGAGGCUUGCCCUGGGCAGCAGUGGGUGUCCGGACACACAGAUAAAAGACUCGUCGACCGGGCUGCAGCCAAGAAAAAAAGACGCCGAAAGCGCCUCAAGUUCAACCAGCCCAAGGUGCACACGGGACGGAAGUACCGGAUGUGGAUGCUGCAAAAAGAACUGCUCCAACGCCGCGCAGAAGCUGCUCAACACUAAUGAGGCACAGAUUUGCAAUACGCUCAGCCUAGCGCCUACGCAAUAUAUAACCAUGAAGGGAAUGCUUCUGCGUAGAUCAUCUACGACGCAUGGCGAGCUUGACCAGGCCCUUAAGCAAUACUUGAACGCGGCUGGUUGGAUACGCAACUGAUCACAGUGAAUAUAGCUGUGAAAUAUCACAGUGAUAAUAACAGUAAAAUAAGGAAAUGUAAUUUAAAAAACAGUGAUUUUCCUUGGUGAAAUAAUGAGUAAAGUGAUAAAGUGGAAGUGAAGUUCUAUUUUACUAUUUAGCAUAUAUGUUUACUAUAUGCGUUAAGAUAGUGUUGUUUUGUGAAAAGUGCUUCUUUGCAUCGUUACAUGUAAGUUUACUUGUUAGUGCUUGGAGCUUCUGUCAACUUAGCCAAUUAUAUUUAUAUACCAUAUUGUAAAUAUGCAUUCAAUUGUAAAUAUAUUCAUAUACUGGGUUUCAUACCAUACAUAUUAAAUACCAGACUUACUUAACUAAAGGACUUUAGUACCAAAAUUAUGCCUUAUAAACUCAAACGUA